AUGGACCCACCAAAGUACGACCACCCAAUGCCCCCACCAGCCGGGCAUAUGUCAGGCGUGCAACAGGUCAUAGUGACUGGCGUUCCGCCGGCGUUCGGACCCCAACCCAUGCACGUGACGUGCAGUCACUGCGGGCAACAAGUGAUGACUGAGACCGACGAGGCUUCGGGACUACUCACGUGGCUACUAGUGGGCGGCCUUUGUGUGUUCGGGUGUUGGUUAGGCUGUUGUCUAAUCCCGUUUUGCGUGGCCGACUGCAAGGACAUUGAGCACCGGUGCCCCUCCUGUAAGGCUUUUUUGGGGGUUUACCGACGAAUCAAAUAA